AUGCGAUCAUCACUGCUGGUAUUCGCCAGGGAAAAGGCGGGUAAAGUCAUCGACAAUUGGCAGAUCCCCAAAUUUGAACUUAUGCAGAAUAUCGUCCAUAGCAUCCGCAACUCUGGCGUUAUAGCCCAGUGGUCUGCAGAUGUUACUGAGCAUGCUCACAUCACUGAGGUCAAAGACCCUGCAAGAUCUACCAACAAUAAUAAUUAUGACCUGCAAAUCUGUCGUCAUCUUGACUGUGCUGAUAAAUUCAAUCGUUUCAACCUUGCUACUAGCCUUUUGGAUCGUUUGCAGAGUGAAGACCUGGGAAUUUUUGGAGAUGAAUUUGUUGAGGAUGACGAGAUUGACAAUGACACGAAUGACUCUCCCGCAGAGCUACUGUCCCCAACUCGAAGACCCAGACAACCACGUCCUAUCACAAACUACUUUUCAAUCACAAAAAUACUCCAGCACAAGGAAAUUGGAUUGGUACCCAUCCCACUAUGUUCUUUUAUCGUCGGGCGCACCGCUCUUCAUCUUUCCUAUGAUCCAUCCAUCAGGAAUGCUACCAUAAAUGAAGUCGCCAUCAUGUUCAGCCUACCGGACUUGCGGCCGGCUAUCGCAGAUUUCCUUCACUGUGAGGCGACCUAUGGCAAUCACAUGCACUCAAUAGGUGGUCCUAGAAGGUCUGCACAUGAUGCUGAACUUCCAUUUGAGAACCUUCAAGUGUGGUUCAAGAUUCGUUUGCAGGAGACUGAUUUCCAUGAUCCCUGUAAUGUUCAACCCACUCAAAUGCUCAACUGCGCACCACCUAGUGACCCAUGGACCUUAGGUUGUUAUGAUAUGGCCAUUAUUCAGACCAACUCAGGGCACACUUGGCCUGCCAGUGGCCUUUCAGGUACAUUAUUUCUGUCUUUAAGGGCAAUAUUCACUAAGCUAAAGAAUGACCCCCCACAGGGCACUCCAUUAGCCAAAUUAGGCUUAUCAUUCAGCCCAUUGGUAGAAGUGGGACGCCAUGGGCAUGGGAUGAUCAGUUCCUAA